AUGCUAAACGUACUUCAAAUGACAAAUGACUCACAGAGCUCGUCGAGGACCGUUGACGACAACACAAGGUCCAAGGGCGAACGCUUACACGACAAAUCCAGGUCUUUAGAAGGCAUUCAGCAGCCUGAAGACUCUAUUCUUCGACCAAACCCAGGAGAAGAACACCUAUUCGAUGUUGAAAACAAUCCAUUUGCUUUCUCCCCAGGUCAAUUGGGCAAGCUUAUAAAUCCAAAAAGUGUUGCCGCUUUUGUCGCUUUAGGGGGACUUUUUGGGCUAGAAAAAGGUCUGUGGACCAAUUGUCGUGCUGGCCUUGAAAGCGAACAAGCUAGGAACCAUCCCUUGGUUUACUCCAACGAUAAACCAAGCAGUAGCUUCGCUGAUAGGAAACGAGUCUUUGGCGAAAAUCGGUUGCCAGAACGAAAAUCGAAAUCAAUUCUCCAGCUGGCGUGGAUUGCUUUGCAUGACCAUGUACUCAUACUGCUCAGCGUUGCAGCUAUUGUCUCGCUUGCCCUUGGAUUAUACCAGACAUUUGGGCAAACGGAACAUGAAGGUGCUAAGGUUGAAUGGGUUGAAGGCGUGGCGAUCAUUGUUGCAAUCGCAAUCGUUGUCAUUGUGGGCGCGCUGAAUGACUGGCAGAAAGAACGCCAAUUCCGAAAACUUAACAUGAAGAAAGAGGAUCGCUUCGUUAAAGUCAUCCGUUCAGGCAGCCCUAUGGCCGUGUCUGUUUAUGAUGUAGUUGUGGGCGAUAUUAUGCUUCUGGAACCAGGCGAUAUUAUUCCAGUUGAUGGAGUCUUUGUCCAAGGCCAUGGUCUGAGUUGUGAUGAGUCUUCAGUCACAGGGGAGUCUAAUUUAGCCAAAAAGGUCCCAGCGGACGAUGUACAGCAGGCACUUCUCAACGAAGAAGGAUCAGAACUGAAAAGGCUGGAUCCAUUUAUCAUCUCUGGGGCGAGAGUCUUGGACGGUGUAGGAUCUUUCCUCGUCACUUCCGUUGGGCAGAACUCAAGUCACGGUCGGACCAUGAUGUCACUAUCGGAGGAUCCUGGGCCUACGCCCCUGCAACAAAAACUGAAUGUUCUGGCUGGUUACAUCGCAAAACUUGGAGGCGGGGCGGGGUGCUUGUUGUUCACCGUCCUUUUUAUCGAGUUUCUGAUCAGACUGCCCGGAAACGAUGGGUCUCCAGAAGAGAAAGCACAAGACUUUCUACAUAUUCUUGUCAUGGCCAUCACCAUCAUUGUCGUGGCUGUCCCUGAAGGACUCCCACUGGCGGUGACACUGUCGCUGGCGUUCGCUACCAAGCGCAUGACAAGAGAAAAUAAUCUCGUUCGCCACCUUCAAUCAUGCGAAACAAUGGGAAAUGCCACCGUAAUCUGCUCAGAUAAAACAGGCACCCUCACAGAAAACGCUAUGACUGUGGUCACCGGUGCACUAGGCCGCGAGCCACUGCUAUUUGGUGAUAAGAAUCAACAACUUGGACUUGAUGAUAGUGCGCUUCACCAAUUGUCUUCAAAGCUCUGUACGGAGGUUCAAAAUCUACUAAAGACCGCUCUUGCAGUAAACACUACUGCUUUUGAGAGUGAAGAGAACGGCAGGAUGGUAUUUGUGGGAACUAAAACAGAGACAGCCCUCCUUGAUUGGGUUCGUCGAUAUUUUGGACUUGGUCCAGCCUCUUUGGAACGUGCCAACAGCUCUCUAGAGCAGCUGUUCCCAUUUAAAUCAGAGCACAAAUGCAUGGGAGCAGUAAUCAAGCUGUCUCAAUCGGAUAUUUGCAAAGGCGAAGCAAAGUAUCGAUUAUUUGUGAAGGGAGCUCCGGAAGUUGUCUUAGCAGAAUGCAGCACCUCACUGUUUGAAGUAUCGAAAUGUAUAUCACAGGUACCGAUGUCGGAAUACCAGAAAGAUACUAUCAGACAUAUCAUAUAUGGCUUUACGACGCAAUCAUUACGAACUUUGGCUCUUUCAUAUGUCGACUUCCAGGAGUGGCCCCCGCAUUGGCUCCAAGCAGACGACAGCUCAACGGGUUCUAACGAUAUUGAGCUUCCCGAUCUUCUUCAAGAUAUGACGUGGGUUGGCGUUGUGGGGAUUCGAGAUCCUGUUAGACAAGGAGUCCCUGCUGCGGUCGAAGCUUGCCGAAGAGCAUCAGUGUCAGUCAAGAUGGUGACCGGUGACAAUAUUGAGACAGCAAGAGCAGUCGGGAGAGAAUGUGGCAUAUUGAAAACUUCAUCUGGAGAAGAAGGCUUGGUGAUGGAAGGACAAGACUUUCGCCGACUACCUGAUAAAGAAAAAGAAGAGGUUGCCAAAGAUAUCUGUGUUUUGGCCAGGUCCAGCCCGGAAGAUAAACGCAUCCUCGUCAAAACUCUACAGAGCCUCGGUGAGAUUGUCGCAGUGACAGGGGAUGGUACGAAUGAUGCGCCGGCUCUGAAGGCCGCUGAUGUGGGCUUUUCCAUGGGCUUAUCUGGAACAGAAGUCGCUAAAGAGGCAUCUGAUAUUAUCUUGAUGGAUGAUAACUUUACGUCUAUUGUUAAGGCACUUGGUUGGGGGCGGGCCGUUAACGACUCCGUGAAGAAAUUUUUGCAGUUCCAACUCACUGUCAACAUCACAGCAGUUAUCAUAACAUUUGUUACGGCUGUAUCCGAUAACAACGAAACUGCAGUGCUCAACGCAGUACAACUGCUGUGGGUUAAUCUCAUUAUGGACACAUUUGCGGCGCUUGCACUUGCGACAGAUCCACCAACAGGAAGCGUACUUCAACGUAAACCAGAGCCGCGGACAGCUUCUCUUAUUAGCUUCAUCAUGUGGAAGAUGAUCAUCGGCCAAUCCAUCUACCAGCUGAUUGUUUGCUUCGUACUAUGGUUUGCCGGAUCUGGCCUCGGUUACCCAGAGUCCCAGUUAAGAACUCUUAUUUUCAACGUGUUUGUUUUAAUGCAAAUCUUCAAGCUCAUAAACAGCCGUCGCAUCGAUAACAAGCUGAACAUCUUCGAGGGUUUGCACCACAAUUGGCUGUUCAUGGUGAUGAUGUCGAUUAUGGUCGGUGGGCAAUUAAUUAUUAUUUAUGUUGGUGGUGAGGCGUUUGUCGUCGUCCGGCUCACUGGUGAGCAAUGGGCCAUCUCUAUUGGCUUAGGUGUUGGCUCAAUUCCCGUGGGUAUUCUCAUUCGCUUACUUCCCGAUGAAGCCUUACGAAAGUGUUGUUAUAAGAUUAUUAAAAUAAUUAGGCGCAAGUAG